AAUUCUUCCAAACGAAAACAACAUAUAUGUCACAUACCCGGAUGUGGUAAAGUUUAUGGCAAGACAUCACAUCUGAAGGCCCAUUUACGGUGGCACUCCGGGGAGCGGCCUUUUGUAUGCAACUGGCUGUUUUGUGGAAAGAGCUUCACCAGAUCUGAUGAACUUCAGAGACAUUUGCGAACGCACACUGGAGAAAAACGAUUUGCUUGUCAAGAGUGUGGGAAAAGAUUUAUGCGCAGUGACCAUCUAAGUAAGCACGUGAAAACGCAUGAUGGAAAACGCACAGUG